AUGCCUGAGAUCGUGUACAUCCAGGCAGGCCGGUGCGGCAACCAGAUGGUUGCGAAGUUCUGGGAAAUCAUCAGUGAUGAGCAUGGAAUUGAUGCCACUGGCAGUUACCAUGGCAACAGUCACUUACAGCUGGAGAGAAUCAACGUGUACUACAAUGAAGCAGCUGGCAACAGAUACGUACCUCGGGCCAUCCUGGUGGACCUGGAGCCAGGCACAAUAGACUCUGUAAGAUCAGGACCAUUUGGCCAGAUCUUCAGACCAGACAACUUCGUAUUCGGUCAUAGUGGCUUGAAUAGUGUUGACAAAGGUACAUCUGGGCUUAGGGAAAAGUGGGUGAUGUCACAGGCAAUGCUGCUCCAGCGGAACCAGUUGCUCAUGAUGGAAGCCAAGGAAUGGUUACAGAAGAUCUGA